AUGAAAUUGAUGGAGUUGCAGUUGAAGUGCUUGUUCAAUAUGCGUACAGUGGAGUCGCAGAAAUUAAUGAAUGUAACGUACAGUCCCUAUUGUAUGCUUCAGCCGUUCUUCAGUUUGAUAAGGUCAGGCACGCUUGCUGCGUUUUUCUGCAAAAAGGCGUUAAGAGUUUACAACUGUUUGGGGAUCCGCUUGCUUGCCGAGUGUCUGUCGUGCCACAAUCUUUUCGAGUCAUCGCAUCAAUUCGUUGCUGAUCACUUUGACGAUGUUCUUAAGCAGGAAGAAUUCUUGUUGCAGCCCUUCGAAUCUUUAGACGCUUUGCUUGAUUGCAAAUUUCUUAGCGUUGCUUGCAAGGAGAAACUCUUGAACGGCGUUUUAGAGUGGCUGAACUUUCGUCCUUUAGAACGCCAGCGUCACGCCCCCUGUCUUAUCAAGAGAUUUUGCUCGACGAAGGUUUCUUCUGAUUUUCUGAAAAACUGCGUUCUAAAAGAUCCAAUUAUUCAAGAGACCUCUGAAUGCCAGCGUAUGAUUCUAGAAGCCAUGCAAUCUUCAAAUACGCCAGAUACUCACAAAUUCAACGGGAUUGCUCUGCGCUCUCACCGAACUGGCCGUGAAAUUAUUUUGACCAUAGGAGGGGAGUCCGAGGGAAUGUACUUAAGCAGCUCUCAAUGUCUCUGUUCAAACAAUGACAGAUGGAGCUGGGACAUUCCAGGACAGCUAGAUGACUUGGUGCCACUGGCGCCCAUGAAAAAGGGACGAAAUUACAUGGCAGCCGCGUCUACUGGGUGCCAUGUCUAUAUAAUUGGUGGGAAUUCUUCUAAGGAGGUGUUGGAUUGUGUAGAACGCUACGAAUGGCCAAGUAACGAAUGGCAUCAACUUUCGCCUUUGCAUGUCGAGCGGAUGGGUGCUGCUGCUGCCAAAUAUACAAUGUUGCGUGUAAAACAAUUUUUUCUUCCUGCCGACUAAAAUUUCCUAUGAAAAAUUGCAGACAAAUGUCUGACAAAUUUAAAGCAAACGACCUCACAAAUUAAGGCACGGGUGUGGUCCCCAUUAAUUGUUACUACAAUCCUUUGCUGUGAAGCUUAAGUUUACAAUUCUGUUUUUUUUCUCAGAACCUCCGUUUACGAAAAUCAUCCGACAUUAAAUUCCUAUAUAAGACCCUUCACCUGUCAAGAGGGCUUUCAAAACCGUCAUAUUAAAGGGCCAUAGUGUACGGCAGUACGAAAAUCGAAUUUUUAAUAGUUCAAAACAAUCGUGUAUUCUUUGCCUCUGGUUUUUUGUCAGUCCAGUUAAAAUCAAAAAUACAAAAUGUUCUGUAAAUUCCGUGUUUUAGAGUAUUCCGUUUACAGCCAAACCUGUUUUAAGCGGUCACUCUUUGGGAAUGGCUUACUGACCGCUUAGUACAGAUUGACCGUUUAAUAAAGGUUUGACAAACGUGAGAGUUAUUCAAGAAAACGAAGCUAGUCAAAGAGCGAAAUAUCUAUCUCGCGACAAAUUGACCCCCACCUGUUUCUACCUCUUCUUGGGCCAAAAGAAAAAAGUUAAAGUCCACUUGACGUCAGACACUAUGCGACCUGUUGCACUAAAAUGGUACUUCUUCUCAAAGCGACCGUUUAAUAGAGGUGAAGACCAUGAUUUCCGGGACUCUGGUAAGUGACUGCUUAAUAGAGGGUGACCACUUAAUAGAGGUCCGCUUAAUACAGACAUCUUAGAAUAUUCCGUGUAUCAUGUGUAUUCCGCCAUUCCGUUCCAUCAUUCCGUCAGUCCGCCAUUCCUCUAAAUAGAGUCAGUCCCCCUGGAGAUGCGCGCGGUGAGGUGGACAGGGAAAGAGAAUAUUGCAAUUUAUAAAAUAACUAAGAUAGUACGUGCGUUCUGAUUGGUUGAAAACCUAUGGUUUAUAUUCCGCCGGUAAACUCAUAGAAAUUAUUUACUUUAUAAAAGCAAUAGACCAUGCACACUUUCUUCCUCGCCUUCGGCUCGUGAUUUACCAGCUUUUCUCGCGUUCUCCCAACAUCCUGCGUGGGUUAUCACGUCGGUAAACCCCAUAGAAAGUGUGGUCUAUUGCUUUAAUGGUGAGACCUUUCCGUUACCUUGAGGACAAUAGGGACCUUUAGAUCCGAGGACGCUCACGGCGACGGCAGAGAAAACGUCGCUGAAAAAGUGAAUUCGUGUUCUUUCAAUCUUCAUCGCGAUUACUCCAAGUCACUAACACUCCAAGUCACAUUUUUUUCAUUUUCCAAUGUAGGCGGACCAUCCUAAAGUUGAAUUCGUAAGUACCAUAGCCAAGUGCAGACAGAGAGAGGAAAUCUCGUCGUCGCUUGUGUACUUUCUCUGUACACUGUGAAAUUAGGUAUUUUCACGUCGUAGUCGUGCAGUGACGGCAAAGAAAUGUACAAAAAAGCGUGAUGCACGCGCAAAAUUGUUGUUUUUUGGUUAUUAAACCUAUUGUUUUUGUGGCGUUCCCGUUGCCGUCGCCGUCGUCGGAUCUUAAGGUCCCUAGUACGGAGCUUUUAAAGCAACAACUACGGCGACGGCUACAAAAACGUCACUUAAACUGAGGUAAACUUGCGCUACUUCAAACUUGAUCGCGCUUAUUCCACCUUGUUCAGUUCGUCAAAUUUUGGCAAUUUUUUCUGGAGUUGAAUUUAAAAAGACUUCAUCGAAGUUCAGGAAAAGGAAAAGAAAAUCGUUGCCUUGCCGCCUUUUUAUUUUUGUCACGUCUUAAAUUAGGCAUGUCGUGCAGUGACGGCAAAGAUCGAAAUGUGCAAAAAAAAAAAGGUGAUGCACGUGCAAAGUUGUUGUUUUGCAUCAAUUCGUUGCUGAUCACUUUGACGAUGUUCUUAAGCAGGAAGAAUUCUUGUUGCAGCCCUUCGAAUCUUUAGACGCUUUGCUUGAUUGCAAAUUUCUUAGCGUUGCUUGCAAGGAGAAACUCUUGAACGGCGUUUUAGAGUGGCUGAACUUUCGUCCUUUAGAACGCCAGCGUCACGCCCCCUGUCUUAUCAAGAGAUUUUGCUCGACGAAGGUUUCUUCUGAUUUUCUGAAAAACUGCGUUCUAAAAGAUCCAAUUAUUCAAGAGACCUCUGAAUGCCAGCGUAUGAUUCUAGAAGCCAUGCAAUCUUCAAAUACGCCAGAUACUCACAAAUUCAACGGGAUUGCUCUGCGCUCUCACCGAACUGGCCGUGAAAUUAUUUUGACCAUAGGAGGGGAGUCCGAGGGAAUGUACUUAAGCAGCUCUCAAUGUCUCUGUUCAAACAAUGACAGAUGGAGCUGGGACAUUCCAGGACAGCUAGAUGACUUGGUGCCACUGGCGCCCAUGAAAAAGGGACGAAAUUACAUGGCAGCCGCGUCUACUGGGUGCCAUGUCUAUAUAAUUGGUGGGAAUUCUUCUAAGGAGGUGUUGGAUUGUGUAGAACGCUACGAAUGGCCAAGUAACGAAUGGCAUCAACUUUCGCCUUUGCAUGUCGAGCGGAUGGGUGCUGCUGCUGCCAUCUUGAACGGACAACCUAUUGCUAUUGGUGGUUUUAGUAAAUUUUCAGGCUAUCUGUCAUCAGUGGAGGUGUAUGACUCUUGGAUUGACAACUGGUCAUUGAUAACACCGAUGAGGACAAAACGAAACUAUCUCGGUGCUGCAGAAAUAGCAGGCUCUGUCUAUGCUAUUGGUGGAUUUGGUGGAGAGAACGAGAGUUCAUAUGGGUAUCUCACAUCAGUUGAGUGCUUUGAAGCUCAGAGAGGGAUUUGGCAGUCUGUAUCACCCCUAUCAGAGCCGCGGGCAUACUUGAGUGCAGUUCAGAAAGAUGGUGAGACAGUCAGAUGUAGUUAACGAGAUUAUCGUUGAGGGGAAGAAAAAGCAACAAGGUAGCCUCCAUAACAAGCAUUUCUGCACCUGUUUGGCGAGGAAGUUGAGACAAGAGCAAACAGGAGAAAGUAAGGGGAGGGUCUUCUCCUCUUCCCCUUCCCUCCAUUUCUGUCUCUUGCUCCAACUUUCACACUUAACUUAAUUGGAAAAGCUUGCUGUGAUAGCUAGAAUCAAGGUAAAACAGCCACCAAGUCUGGAUCCCUGUUAAUUAAGAGGGGGUUUUGGUUCAAAAGUUAUACCCUCUUCCAGAAAUAAGUAUGUUAAAUUUAAGAACCCCAUUCUUAAUAAUAAUAAUUCAUUUGUUUAGCUGCUAAUAUUGCAAGACAGCUCUCAGGGAAACAGUUUUAUUGUUCGAAGUCAAAUGAGAACAUUUGCUGUUGGGGAAAAAUUUCGUUACAGCUGUGUUUAUAUUCAUGUCUUCCAAAAAAUUUUGUUAUAUCCCAUUCAAGCAAACAUCUUGAAUAUGAAAUUACCCCAUUCUAUAACUGAAUAAACUGUGCAAAUUCCUGAUCUCAAUGAGCAUUUUAUAUUCUGGCCUAUAUAGUUAUGCAGUUGUAACCUCCCUUUUAUUUUUUCUUACAUAUUUGUUAAUAACAGGGUCAAUUUAUGCUCUUGGAGGCUAUAACUCCUCCUGGUUAAACUCUGCCGAAAGGUUUGAUCCACGUGAAGGAAGAUGGUAUAGAAUUCGACCCAUGUUAUCUCCCAGGAGCAGCUAUGGAUUAAGUGUCAUGGGCAGUUGUCUGUAUGUUGUCGGAGGGUUCAAUGGCUUGAGAAAUCUGAAUUCAGCUGAAAGCUAUGACACCAAGGCCGGAAAGUGGAUGGCAGCUCCUCCGUUACAGAACACUAGGUACGGGUUGGCUCUUGCAACACUGGUUACAUGACUGCACAUUUAACAUACCGCUAUUAACCUUCAGACUGUAUAUAUGCUCAAGGCACCAAUUAAAUUCGAUUUUGCAUUGUGUCGUUUGCCAACUGUAUACCCUGACCGAAUGCUUAACAACUGCAAGGCAAGCUCAAAAUUAUGGCACAUUUUUGAGGCCUGCAACAAUAAGCAGCAUGGGAAUAUUAUGUCAACAAAAAUGUGAUGAAAUUUCCUAUGCUUCAGAGAAAACCCUCUGGCAAAACUGCAAGAUUUGAAAUUAUUAGAUGAGGGUUACCUAAUACUGUUGACUCCAC